AUGAUACGUGUCCGUCCGUCCCGUGUCCGUGUUUCUGCUAGCCCCGUGUAACGCGCUCGGUAGGCAAUAUUACGAAAUCUAUGGGGAUUGUCCGUCGUCGUCGUCGUGUCACGCUGGUGGGAUCUUUCGUUCGUGCGUUCGCGUAAAAGGGCGCCCGGCCGGUCGGCGCGCGCCUUUUUCCCUUUCAGAAAUAAAUAAACAUGCAUCGGGGACGACUGUUACUCCACAUUCUGGCAUUUAGCCUGCUCUCCUCGCUGGCCUGCGCCGAUGAGCAUAAUCACAUCUACGAGGAUGGCGACGAGGUUGUCUUAUGGAUGAGCACUGUAGGGCCGUAUCAUAAUCGUCAGGAGACGUACUCCUAUUACUCCUUACCCUUUUGUACAGGCACCAAGCAUGUCAUCAAUCACUAUCAUGAGACCCUAUCGGAGGCACUACAGGGCAUCGAAUUGAAGUUUAGUGGUUUAGAUAUCGAAUUCAAAGAGGAUAUCUCAAAAACAGAAUACUGCCAGAUAAGUCUGAAUGAAGAAAGCCAGAAGGCAUUUGUAUACGCAAUAAAGAAUCAAUAUUGGUAUCAAAUGUAUAUCGAUGAUUUACCAAUAUGGGGUGUUGUAGGAGAAUUGGAAAACAACGACGGGGUUGCGGUAUCGGAUUCUUAUUACAUCUGGACGCAUAAAAAAUUUGACAUUGGGUACAAUGGUAAGCAGAUAGUGGAUGUUAAUCUGACCAGUGAAAACAAGGUGAAGCUGGUACAGGGUGCACAUAUACCUUUCAGCUACGAAGUCAAUUGGAAGAAGAGUAAUGUCAAAUUUGAGGAUAGAUUUGACAAGUAUCUGGAUCCUAACUUCUUCCAGCAUAGAAUACAUUGGUUUAGUAUCUUCAAUAGUUUCAUGAUGGUGAUCUUCCUUGUCGGGCUUGUGUCAAUGAUUCUGAUGCGCACCUUGAGAAAGGAUUACGCCCGAUACAGCAGGGACGAAGAGAUGGAUGAUAUGGAGAGGGACUUGGGCGACGAAUAUGGCUGGAAGCAGGUUCACGGAGACGUUUUUAGGCCUGCGAGUCAUGCUAUGCUCUUCUCAGCUCUUAUAGGUGCGGGCUAUCAGGUCACAGUGGUUGUACUGAGCGUAAUUAUCUUUGCUAUCUUGGGCGAACUAUAUACGGAACGCGGAUCGAUGCUGUCAACGGCGAUAUUCGUAUACGCCGCUACGUCGCCCAUCAACGGUUACGCGGGCAGCGGACUGUAUGCGCGAAUGGGCGGACGCGUAUGGAUUAAACAGAUGAUCCUCAGCGCUUUCAUGUUGCCGCUCAUGGUCUGUGGCACCGCUUUUUUUAUUAACUUUAUCGCCAUGUAUUACCACGCCAGCAGAGCGAUACCUUUCGGAUCCAUGGUCGCAGUGACGUGUAUCUGCAUAUUUGUGAUAUUACCGCUGACAAUGGUAGGUACGAUUCUAGGCCGAAAUCUCGCCGGGACGCCGGACGCUCCGUGUCGCGUGAAUGCGGUGCCUCGACCGAUACCUGAGAAGAAGUGGUUUAUGGAACCGCUAGUGAUUAUAAUGCUCGGCGGAAUCUUACCCUUUGGCUCGAUCUUUAUUGAAAUGUAUUUCAUUUUUACCUCAUUCUGGGCAUACAAGAUCUACUACGUUUAUGGUUUUAUGUUAUUAGUAUUCGUUAUUCUUAUGAUAGUGACUGUAUGCGUCACUAUCGUAUGUACAUAUUUCUUACUAAAUGCCGAAGACUAUCGAUGGCAGUGGACGAGUUUUCUUGCGGCAGCUUCGACGGCUGGUUACGUCUACAUUUAUUCCUUUUACUACUUUUUCUUCAAAACUAAAAUGUACGGUCUCUUCCAAACGGCGUUUUAUUUUGGUUACAUGGCGUUGUUCAGCUUGGCCCUGGGUAUAAUGUGCGGAACAGUCGGAUAUAUUGGCACCAACGCGUUCGUGCGGAAGAUAUAUUCCACGGUCAAGAUAGACUAAAAAAUACAUCGCUGAAUAUAAUAUAUACUAUCAUUGACAUCGUGAUUCGAACGAUGUAAUUCCCGUGCAGUGUGUGAUGCUCACGAUGUUCUCGACGAAAUGAAGUACACACACUUCAUCUGUCCUGAAGCAGCCCAUCAUGUCACUUGGGAAUGCGAGUCUUUUCUUUUUCAAACUUAUCAUAAUUUAUCAUUGGCUCGAUUAACGCAAGCGCAUCACCUAGAAGCGGCAUCACCGAACGAUGCGUGUCCUUAUUAUUAUUCUUUCAACAGAACUCGUGUCAUAUAUUUACUAUCUAGAUAUUCAAACGAUGUCCUCGCGUCUCAUUUAUUAAUUUCUUUUCUUUGAAUUGCUAAAUUUGAUACAAGUAAAGAUGCGCUGUAAACGGAUUCUGCUGUACUAGUACGCGCGCACAUGUCGCAAAUGCAGUCAUAUGUCAAUAAUAAAAUAAUUGUAAGUGUUAGCCGAAUCCCCCAUAUGUGAGUCUGAGUAAUCAUAUGAAUGAAAAUUCGGCAAUCGUGCAAAUUUAACGUUAUUAUUGCAUAUUUUUUUAUUGAAUUGGUAUAUCGACAGAAUUAUAACGUUUAAUAUUUAAUUUAAUAAUUAUAUAUGUAUAUGUGUACACAUAUCACACACACAAACAUACAUACAGACACACAUACACAUAUACAUAUAAUUGCACGAUUGCAUUCCUAUGUAUAUGAACAUGUGUACUUUUUGGUAUAUAUUUAUAUGCCGCAAUAUUUGUCGCUAUCUCACUUGUGAACAGCAUAGAAAAUUGAUCGAGCUAACCACGCGAGGAUUGGCAAAGGAGAGCUUUUAAUUCGGGCAAAAUAAAGCGUAAUAGUUUAUAAAGUGAGAUAAUGUUUUCUAGCUCUUGAUUAAAAAAAUGCAAAGUAGAAUCUUAUAAUAUUGAAAGAGCCCUAAUAAACAGGGAUGGAUUAGACAUGAACAAACAAAAGUAUAUUAUAAUUUAUUAACACGAUAGUUUUAUAAGGCUUUUGCAUUGAAAUUGUAUGAGGGAGACAUAACUGUGACUAGACUAUUUUUCAAUUCUACGACUGUCAAAUCAAUUUGCCGAUUUCAUUAUCAGUAGGAAACUUAACUUAUCGUUAGGUUCUAGAGUGGUAGUUGAAAUGAGGAGGAGAAAUUGUGAGUGCAUAGUACUGAUAUUGUAGUAAGAUUUUCUUAUGUGCAGUAUCGUGACUCUUUGUAUUAUCCUCUCCCUUCGUUCGAAUAUUUCCAUUGUUAUUUUGAACGAAUCCUCGCUCCCGAUUCUCUUCCGCACCUAUACCGCGUUGAUCGCCGUUGAAAAGUGAAAAAUAAAAAUUCCAUAAUACAGUUAGAGAUAGGUACUUGUGGAUAUUAUUCGCGAAAAAUAUAACGACGAGUAUUGUAUUAUAUUUCAGUAAUUUUACCGAAGGACUAAUGUCGGUGAAAGUCUUCGAAAAUAAACGAUUUGUUGUUAGAUGUAGCGAUUCUAAAAAAAAAUAUAAAAUUUCUACGUAUACACAACUCA